GGAAGCAUAACCAACAGCCUAGCAACUUCUGCAGUCUUCGCAGAGCAACCAAAGCAAUAGGAAACGGCCACUUCGGAGAUCUCCUAACAUUUUUCAUGACACUGAGCGACACAGGAUCUGAGGAGAACCCUGAAGUGUAGCGGACGGUGUCGAUAACACUCCGGAUGCCAACAAGUCAACAUUAAAGAGCAAAAGAAGAAGCAACAGGAGGUUCCGCUGGGCCGAGAUGGCGGACAGCAGCAGGUUCCCGGCUAUUGAAUAAACGCCAGGCAAAGCGAAACCGAAGACGACAGGCGGCCGCUGCUGGCGGACUGUAACUUAUUUAAUGGUGCAUGGAUAGCCGGGGUCUGUAAGCUCUUCACCGAAGCCGCAUGGCGUCCACUCAAGCCCGGAUAGGCCGGCAGGCCUUAGCGGUGCUGGAUGUGGCUCUGCGAGUUCCCUGUAUCUUUAUUAUUGACGCCAUUUUUAACUCAUACUACGACCCCGGUUCGGGAUGGGCCGGUGCGGUGGGCAAGGUGCUGGUCCGGGUCACGGGUGUCCUCAUCUCCAGCGUUGUGCUGCUGCUCUCCCAGAAAGCCUUGUUCAAGUUCUACACCCUCUUCUUUGCCGUUGUCCUCGGCAUGGCAGCGGUCCUCUUCAAUUACUACGCCACCUCCCACAUAGACUUCUAUAGCGCCUACUACAAAGCAGCUCUGGGAUUCAGGCUGGUGCCCAGAAACGGGCCGACGCUGUGGCUGGGCAUGGCUGCAGUCCAGCUUGGUUUUGGUGUGGGCUACGUGUUCCUGCUCAACCUCCAGUCUGUGUUCGCCGCGCUGGUGGUCCUGGACAUCAUGAUCCCUCUGUGGGGGCUAAUGAUUGAGCUGCCUGCGGAUGUCAGGCAGCUGGUGGCUUUAUUCUCAGGCCUGGCGCUGACAAUAAACACAGCUGUGUGCCUGGCCAUGAGGCUCAAAUGGUUUUACUACUCCUGCCGGUACGUCUACCUGCUCGUAAGGCACAUGUACAGGAUCUACGGGCUUCAGCUGCUGCUAGAGGACACGUGGAAGAGGAUCAGAUUCCCAGACGUGCUGCGUGUGUUCUGGCUGACUCGGGUUACCGCCCAGGCGCUGAUCCUGGUCUACGUGGUGCGGGCGGUGAGGAGGGAGAGCGGUGACGCCACAGACGGGAGCCCUGACUCACAGGGAUACUUGCUGAGCUGGGAUGUGUUCUGGGAACUGACGAGUAACCUGAUCAUCUCUGGCUGUGAUUCCACGCUCACUGUUCUGGGGAUGAGUGCCGUUAUCUCCUCUGUAGCGCACUACCUUGGCCUCAGCAUCCUGGCCUUCAUAGGUUCGACUGAGGAGGAAGACAAACGUUUAGGCUUCGUGGCUCCUGUUCUGUUCUUCAUCCUGGCUCUGCAGACCGGCCUCAGCAGCCUGGACCCUGAGGAACGCCUGGUCCGCCUGAGCCGGAACAUGUGCCUCCUGCUGACGGCCAUCCUGCACUUCAUCCACGGCAUGACCGACCCUGUCAUGAUGUCCCUAAGCGCUUCCCACGUCUCCUCUUUUCGGCGCCAUUUCCCCGUCCUGCUGGUGUCCACGGCGCUCUUUGUUCUGCCCGUGGUGCUGAGCUAUGCCCUCUGGCACAACUACGCCCUCAACACCUGGCUCUUCGCCGUCACAGCCUUCUGCGUGGAGCUCUGCCUCAAGGUGCUGGUGUCACUGACAGUCUACGGCCUCUUCAUGGUGGAUGGCUUCUCCAACGUCCUGUGGGAGAAGCUGGACGACUACGUCUAUUACGUGCGCUCAACAGGCAACAUCAUCGAGUUCCUGUUUGGCGUCAUCAUGUUCGGAAACGGUGCCUACACGAUGAUGUUCGAGUCCGGCAGCAAGAUCCGCGCCUGCAUGAUGUGUCUGCACGCUUACUUCAACAUCUACCUGCAGGCCAAGAACGGCUGGAAGACGUUCAUCAACCGCCGCACAGCUGUCAAGAAGAUCAACUCCCUGCCGGAGGUGCGAGGGGACCAGCUGAGGGACAUCGAGGACGUGUGCGCCAUCUGUUACCAGGAGUUUACCACCUCGGCCCGCAUCACGCCCUGCCACCACUACUUCCACGCGCUGUGCCUGAGGAAGUGGCUCUACAUCCAGGACACGUGCCCCAUGUGCCAUCAGAGAGUUUACGUCGAGGAGGAGAGCCGAGACAGAGCCGCCUUUUCUAACAACAACGGGGGCUACGCAGUGCCGCAGGACGCCGCUGCAGCCCCACCAGCGCCGGGGGAAAACCAGCUUGGACAGCCAGCCGCCGAGCCGCCGGCUGAUGGAGCGGCAGCCGGUGUUCAGGCUGCAGGAGGACCGGGGGAGCUCGACAACGAGCUGCUGGAGGACAACGACAGUAUAGAGUAUGACGAAGAUGAGUGGGGGACUCAAAAUGGCAGCACGCCAAUAGAAGAAGACUAUAUCAAUGACGACACAGACUCCACCGAGGACUGACGAGAGAGGAUCUAUAGAAAAGAAAAUACAUAUAUCUUUAUUAUAUUUAAGUUAAAAAUAAUUAUAAAAUACAACUUCAGCAUCUUAAUUUGUUUUUGUUUUGAAAAAAAUGUCAGGGAUGUCAUUCUGUUUUCGUCUUGUUAGGUUCUUAUUGUUUGAUUUUGAGAUUUUGGGUUUUACUCUAUAAGGGCUCGUGGAAAAGAGUAACUGCUGCUCUCAUUCUCUCUGUGUGUGUGUGUGUGUGUGUGUGUGUGUGUGUGUCGGGGCUGCAUGAUGUCGACCAAAAACUCAUACUGUUCUUUUUAUUUUUUUAUUUUUUUUAUAAUUUAUCUAAAAUUGGUGGAUCCUGAUUCAAAUCUUGCUCUGUCAGCACAAUUUCUGUUCAUCUCGCCACACAAUUUAUUUCCCAGUGCCUCAAAGCAGACUUAAAUUAAUAAGUUAAACUAAAUUAUAAGAUUCUGCACAGCACAAGUCAGCCUUGUUGAGGAAGCUGUGGAAAUAUUUUUUCCUCAUUAAAAAAAAAAAAAAAGAAAAGCCUUCAGUCACAUCACAACUCCUGUUUAGAUUUUGUCACUUAUGCAGCUCCAGUGUGUAUCUGUAUGAGUGUGCGCACUCAAUGAUACGUGUGACUGUGUGAGCCUGCCGACAUAUAUUGUGCGUAGACUGUCUUGAAGAUGCAGUUCAUGUUCCCUAGCGGUGGAUUAUAGGGGAAACGCUGAAGUGUUAACUGUGGCGCCACGAAACAAAUUCAAGCUUUAAUUGGUCUGCGAGUCAGAAUUUGAGUGUUUGUAGAAAGACAAGUUUGGAGCAUUUUGUAUGCUACCAUUUGAAACCUGCUGUCACUAUUUUCUCCAGCUGUUUUUAUUUUGCCAAACAUUAUUGGUUACAGUCUUCAUAACGUUGCUGCUUGUGUGCGUGUCAGUGGUGUUUGUGUCAGUGAUUCUCGCUCUUGAACUUUUUGUCUUACAAAACCAGGCUUGAUUGAGUGCUCUCAAAUCCUGACUAGCAGAUUGAUCACGGCUCAGUUUUGUGGCCUGUUCAACAAUUUUGUCCUCAACUAACUUUUAACAGGUAAUCUGUGAACUUGUCCAGAGAGAGAAUGAAGCCAGGAGAGUGAAGCAGUUUUCCAUCAACUCCGCGCCAACCAGAGAAAAACAGAGGUGUGUCUGGGGGGGGGGGAGAAAAACAAGACUUGCUACUGUAAUCACUGAUAUACCUCCUAUCAUUUACUACUGGUCUCUUGUGUGACCUCGCUUACAUUUGUGUACGUUAUUGUACAUAUAAUAAGACAUGAACAUGCAAACAUUCUCCCUUAAGAUAAGAGGAGAGUUUGUUUUUAAUUUCUUUUCCAUAUUUCUCUUCACAUAAAUCAGUAUUUAAUUUAGUUGAACACUUGUUCCAGACCUUGAACAUGUUGUUUAUAAUAAGAGCGCUGAUGUUGAGUCGCUGUACAAGC